AUGUUAAGAAACGCUUUCAAGCGUAAAGAUAAGGAAAAAGAGCAUAAUGAAGCCAAGACAGAGGCACCCGGAGUUGUGUUUCAAGAAGCUCCACCUGAUUUAGAUCUUUUUACGACUGCAAGAAUUAAUUUAAAAAAUUUCAAAGAGUAUUUUGAGCAAACACAAGAAAACGCUUUUGAACCAUAUCAAAUUGUCAAUGCUUCACUUUCAAAAGCAUAUUCUAAUUUAACAAACAAGGCAUCCGAACUUUUAUUAGAAAAAGAGCAUCAUACAAAGGAUAUGGAGUCAGUUCAAGCUGAUAUUGCUCAACAGAAAGAGUCUUUAGAGAGAGAAAAUAAAGAAAUCAGUGAAUUGAAAGAAAAACAAAAUAAAUUACACGAAAGAAACAGCGAAUUAAAGAAAAAGAUAGAGAAUCAGCGUGGAAAGAAUACCAAUUCAUCAAAAUACAAAGUAACACUUGCAGAAUUGCAAGAAAAACUCAAAAAUCUUCAAUCAACUGUAGAGAAAAAACAAAAGGAUCUUGAGGCUCUUACAGAACACAACAAGAAAAUUAUCGAUGAAUACGAUGCUUGCAAAAAGAAACUUUCGGGAAAACAAGAAUUUGCCACUUCGGAACUACUUAAGAGUGAACAGUUAGUAAAAGAUUUACAGACUCAAGCCAAGAAGAUUGAGCAAAAAAGAGAAGCUCAAAAGCUCAAAGCAGAACAAAAGAAAUCAGUUCAUAUGUCGAGCAGAAGAGUAUCAAUGACAGAACGUAAAACAGAAACCUUCAUUAUCCAAGAUAACUUACAGUUAAGUAAUACAGAGCUAGAAACACUCAGAUCUUUAACUUCCCAAAUUCAGAAGGAGAAUGAUGAGUUGAACGAAGAAUAUGAGUCAAAGAAAAUGGACGUUGACUGCCUAAUUCAACAAAACCUCGGAUUGAAGCAAAUUCUUCGAGAUAUGUUGGAAGGACAAAAAUAA